AAUAUUUGCUUGGUGGAGAAGUCUGUGGAGCAGGGAAUCAGUCAUAGUUGGGCUCAGGGACUCUGUAGAUUAAUAGCUAGAGUAUGCCCAACACUGGUCUGUAAAGGGUGUCUGCACUAGAGCUCCCCCUGCUGGCCCCAUCCUCUAACCGCAUCUGCAUCUCGCGGGCAUGAAGGCUGGAUGGAACCUUCAAGGGUUGGCGGAACUAACUUCUGCGUGGCCCUCCUCACGUGGCGCCCUUCACCACGGUUGCUCUGAGACACAACCGCAGCUGCGCUGGAUCCGCAAGAGUACAACCCUAUAGGUGAUUGUUGUCACAGAGAAGAGCCUUUCAAGGUGUUUAUUGCGGUUUUUUUUAAAGUCACCUCAUAACAGGAGAGGAAUUUAUCCUCACAUCCCUCUGUUGCAUCUUGAUGAAUAUGCCACAGAAUCGUCUGUGGAUAAAAAAGGAACUGAGAUUGUUGGGGGUAAGAACAAAAUGCUGCUCAAACCAUACAACUAAUGACAAGCCUGAUUGUACAGAGCCUGGGAUACUUCUGGACAUACCUGUUCUUUUCUCAGACUAUUGUGUUUGGACUGGGAAAUAAUUACCCUCCUAUCAUAGGAACUUCAGGAUACACACUGUGGGCUUCCUUGGUUUUUAGCCUAUCAGGAUGUUUAUCAAUAAUACUGCAAAAGAGGCCUUCAAAUCAUAUGCUGAUGUGGACCAUGACAAUGAACAUCCUAAGCGUCUUUGCAACACUAGUUGGUGUGUUUUUAACAACAGUGGAACUGAUAGUGACUUCAAAUUUAGAUUCUUCCCUGUGGCAAUAUAAAAAUGGCAGGUUGCUUACAGAAUACCUGUUCCUGUUCAUCAUGUUGGAGAUGUUCGUGGCAUCCAUAGUAACUGAGUGGACCUAUAGAGCAAGGCAAACAGAUUAAAACAGUUGAUUGGCAUCAUCGAUGUUGCCCUUUUCCUACACGUGAAGGAGGUACCACGGCCUCAGUCAGAGAGGAAAGCCUGUUGAUGUGUGAAGAGCUUUGUUCAAGAGACACCUUGGACAGUGGUAUUUUAUUAAAUCUUCCUCAGCAUUUCCUCUCCUCCAUUUCAUUAAUAAAAACCUAUAGCAAUAAAUAUGUUUGUUUUCCCAUGUGGGAAAUUUAUCAU